AUGAGCAAAUCUACACUAGAACUGAAAUGGAACAAUUUUUUAAAGAGUUUACCAAGAAGCUUAAGCUUGGGGAAGCUGAACGAACCAGUGCUUCCCCUUUACCAUGAUAUACAACAAGGGCCGGAUGAGUCUUCGUCCAGUGCUAUACAAACAGAUAUUCGACGAUUUGUUCGCGAAGUUCCAAAAAUUGAAGAGCUUAAGAAACGAAAGGUUGAUGUCUACCAGCAUGUCAGCUCCAAGUACAAAGGCGCUGAACGUCUUCGUGCCAAUAUCUAUAAUAGCAUAUGA